CUCUAACGCAACUCGGCUAGUGGAGAGUUGCCAUGGACCUGCCAACUUCACCGGCCACACAAGACGGUGCAGCAUCCGAUACCAACACCAUUCAACCAGAACCAAUCGAUCCGGCGCAAUGGGGUCGUCCCAUGACAUUAGACGACUUUGCGCCACCACCUGUGGCCCCCGUCGUGGUUGGUCGCCCGUUGUCACUAAACGAUUUUGCCCCGUCGCCCCAACAAACCGUCGGGAGGCCUUUGACGCUGGACGAUUUCGCCCCGCACCACCUUCCGCCCAUUUCACCCCCCAUAGCCACGAUCCCCCCAACCGCCACCGAAAAUAUACCUCCCUUCGACAACUCGAGCUUGAUCGUGGACGAAACCCCAGUACCCCCGGACACUAGAAGCAACGUGUUUGGAGAAGACGUUGUUCUGUCCAACCUCAACACGGAAUUCGUGGGGAACCAAGAAACCCAGCUAGACGCGGCGGAAUCGUCCACUGCAUCCUUCAUAGCGUCCAGCACCAACCGUUGUGUGGAUUCCGCCGUGGUGAUGCACCACCGGUCGGUGCGGGCGUUGGCGAACCGCACCGUCGCGGCGACGCGGCCAGACAUGAUCAAAAACGCCAAGCGGCUGGCCAUGUCCCAGCGGCUCGGCGCCGGCAAACCGUUUAUCCACACGACGAUGCAAGACAUUUCCGAGCUCGGCACGGGCAUCCACCUGUACUUUAUGUUCACCAAGUACAUGGGUGUGUGCUUCUGCGUCAUGUCAGUCCUCGCCCUGCCCGCCCUUGUCAUGAAUGCCAGCGGCCACGGCUUUGAGAUAGACAUGGUCGACCCGCUCAAGUUUUCCACGCUUAGCAUCGCGAACCUCGGCGUGAACUCGACCAUGAACGCCACGACGGACUGGUGCAUCGACAAUCCGUUUACUGAUGACCCCAACUACAUUAGCUACAUCACGACGUCGUUCGACGUGUUGUUUUCGCUCGCGUUUGUAGGGUUCAUUAUGAUUUUCAAGAUGAAAAUUCAAACCGCCGUGGCCCAGCAAGCGGAAAACGUCACGCCGGCAAAGUAUGCCGUGUUUGUACGAGGGUUACCUCGAUCGGCAACCGAAGCGGACAUUGUCGCCCAUUUCAACGCCUUGUACGACCCCCUCAAGGACUACAUGGAACUCCCGUUGUACUUUGGCUGUUGGGGGAAGCGCAAGCCCCCCAUCGAGAGGCGGCACCUCACGACGGGGGGUCACUUGUCCAAACCGGUGACCAACUUGGAUCACGUGGGCGGAAACGACCUAUAUAAAGGCAAGUGGAUUGCCGAAGUGAGCAUUUCCCGACCUUCGGGGGGGCUUCUACGAACGUUUCUAGCGAUGGAUGACUUGACGGCCGAAGCCGCAGAGUUGCAAGACAUUCUCGACACGUACAAAGGGCAACAAGUGGCUGAAAAGGUCACUCCACGGAUUGAAAAGAAGCUCAAGAAGGUCCAACUGCACCUGGAAAAGAAAACGAAUCGACUCAAAGCGUUGAAAAAAGACGACGGUGGGGUGUACUUGACCCAAUGCGACAGUGCCUUUGUCGUGUUUAAUUGCGUCGAGUCCCAGCGCCGGUGUGUGCGAGAUUACCGUACGAGCCACAAAUGGUAUGCCCGGUACUUUCAACCCAAGGCACUUCGCUUCCAGGGCAUUCACCGGCUACAGAUUCAACCGGCGCCUGAGCCGUCUGACAUUAUUUGGGAAAAUCUCGAAGUAUCGACCCAGGAACGACGCUAUCGACGGGCAUUUACGAACUUCAUUGCGUUUCUACUCCUGUUGCUGUCGUGUGCGAUAAUUUCCGUGGCGCAGAGUGCCCAGCAAACGUUUUCAAAACAAGGGAUUCCCAACUUUUGCGCCGAAGCGAUUCCAGCAGUCUUCCUCGGCGACUACGACAACAUCUCGCACUACGAGUGGGUGUUGGGGUGGGACCCAUACCCGACCGAACAACUCUGCCCCAAUAUUGAGGCUUUUCACGUGACGUUCAUGAACAGCCCUCGCGUGACCCAAGCCAUUCCCCCCGGGUCGAAUCUGACGCAAUGUAUGGAUCCGUGUGUGUCACUCGACCCGUCGAUCGACCACGAAUGCAACACCUUGCCUUGCUUCCGCCCCGAUUUAGUCAAUAAAUAUACUCGGCCGUGUGCGACGUAUGCAGCGUCCGACAUUUUGCAGUGCUAUUGCGGGCCCAAGCUCACGAACGCGAUCAAAUUGUAUGGGAUCUUCGAAGGGCCACGUAAAAUGUACCAGAACCAGGUACCGUGUCAGGAGUACUUGACCAGCUACGUCCGGAAAAACGGCGCGAUUGUCGUGGCUGCAGGCAUCGUAAUCAUCGUCAACUUGUGUUUGCAAACGAUUAUAAGGGCGUUUGGCGAGUUUGAGCGACACACAAGCGAGAGCGAGCGCGCGUCGGCGCUCGUGUUCAAGCUGUUUUUUGCGCAACUGCUCAACACUGGUGUCAUCGUGCUCCUUGUGAACGCCAACUGGACGGACGUGCCGCUGCCCCUCAGUCUGGAGAAAAUCUUCCACGGCGAAUUUGACGACUUUGUGCAAAAGUGGUAUGUUGCCGUUGGCGUGGGCAUCGCCACGACAAUGCUGGUCAAUUCCGUGGCGCCCCAGAUCGCCCCAACCAUGAUGACGUUUGUGAUUGGUCCGAUUUCUCGGUGGUUUGGUCAGCGCUCCGCCAUCACCCAAAAGCAGCUCGAUGAAGUGUACGCUGGUCCCCCAUUUGACAUUUCCCUACGGUAUCCGUUGGUACUCAACACGGUAUUUGUGACCAUGAUGUACUGUGGCGGGAUUCCAAUUUUGCUUCCGAUCGCGGCCGCGUCUUGUCUGAUUACGUAUUCCUGUGACAAGGUCACGCUCAUGCGGUUGUAUUCGAUUCGCACGGCGUACGACGAAGUACGUCCCCCCCCGAUGUUCCUCCCCUCUCCCCCCAACUAGCCCCCUCGCUUGUACUGACUAGGCGCUGGGUCAGCUGGCGCUCUCGAUGCUCCCGUUUGCGCUGCUCAUCCACUUGGGGUUUUCCACGUGGAUGUACGGCAACAACCAGUUUCUCAAGUCGAAUCUCCUCGACGUGAAGUGGAUCGUCACCAGCCUCGGGCUCAAUCACGGCGACGCCGUCAGCGACGUCAACGACGUGUACGAAUCCUUCCGAGACAUUGUAGCCACGUACGACCCCCUCGGGCGCAACGGACUCGCGUCCAAAAUCUUUCGGACCAAUGUGUUUCCCAUGUUUGCGCUGUUUGUGAUGGCGGCGUGCUCGAUCUUCCUCUCCCAGUUUAUCCGCGCUUUGUUGUGGCCGAUUCUGGACAAGACCCUCGGGCUCGUCGUUCGCGUCGUGUCGCUGCUAGGAGCAUCGGCGGUCGCGUGUGUUGGCAACGUGUGUCUCCGCAAGCGGUACGCGUCCUCCGACGACAUAAGCACGAUUCCGCAGUACCCCGACUUUACCGGUCAGUUUGAAAAGACCGUGCCCCUUGACUCCAAAGUGGACCGAGAAAAGGGCUUUGAGCGGCUACCCUCCACUGGUAUGUUGAUUCGCAAGUGGCUUGUCGACACCCCCACAAGAGACACCGGCGACCGUAUGCUCACGUGGGAAGCGUUCACAGCCCCCGUGCGAACGUACAGCAUUGAGGCCAAUCCAAAGUACAAGAAUGCGGUGGUGGAAAUGCGAAAAGCAGCCAAGCGCAUGCAUGGCGAGUUGGUCGAAAAGUCUAUGAUGAGUGCGACCCCUCGAAACCCCGCGGCAGUGUCCCCCAUGUAGUGUAGUACUGGAAUUUACCAUGUUAACAAUGUACUUCGAAGUAAAGGUG